AUGGAACCCUUCGUCCCAGUAGAAUCCACGUGGAAAAAACGGUCUGCUGGGAACGGCGGUGAACAGUUCAUAAGGUCCCUCCGACUUGCCCUGAAGAUGGGCAUGGCUGAACUCAACAUCGUCAAUGACAACGUCGCGGUCAACCAGCUGGUCACCGUAGAAAUAGCUGAUACCUCCCAAAAGCUGAGAAAGCAUCUCUUUGGCGAACUGGAAGUAAGACGGCUUAGUGAACGGAGCAAGCAGCUGGAACUUUUCAAUGAAGUUCUUGUCAAACCUGUCGUUCAUCUCCUUGAUCUUCUGAGGAAGAACGUCGGAGCUCAAAUGGUCAGUCUCGGCAACAUUGUAUAA